UCGGCCUCAGCAGCAGUGGGACUCUUUGUAUGUUGAUGUUCAUCCACAAGUUUAGUUCAGGCUGAAACGUCUCAGCAACAUUUGUUGGAUUCAGGGUGAAUUCCAGUGUUUCUGCUGAUCCUCUGACUUCUCCUUCAGCACCAUCAUCAGGUGAACACGAGGACAGAGUCAGCUUUAGUCUCAGAGCAGUUCUCUCAGAGUCUCUGCAUGUGUGUUGUGUUGUGUGUCUGCAGGCUGUCAGGCUGUCUGAUCUCAGAGGAAGGCUGUGCUUCUCUGGUCUCAGCUCUGAGCUCCAACCCCUCCCACCUCAGAGAGCUGGACCUGAGCUACAACCAUCCAGGAGAGUCAGCAGGGAAGCUUUUGUCUGCUGGACUGGAGGAUCUCAGCUGGAGACUGGACACUCUCAGGGUGGAGCCUGCUGGACAACGAUGGUUGACACCAGGUCUGAGGAAGUAUUCCUGUCAACUCACCAUCGACACAAACACAGUCAACAACAACAUCAAACUGUCUGACAACAACAGGAAGAUUAUGUGUAUGGAGCAGGAUCAGUCAUAUCCUGAUCAUCCAGACAGGUUUGAUUCCUGGUAUCAGCUGCUGUGUAGAGAAGUUCUGACGGGUCGCUGUUACUGGGAGGUCCAGAGGAGAGGAGGAGUUUCUGUAUCAGUGAGUUACAGAAGAAUCAGCAGGAAAGGAAACUCUGAUAACUGUGUGUUUGGAAGGAACCAUCAUUCCUGGAGGCUGGACUGUUAUGAUGGUGGUCGGUACCGUGUCCGUCACAAUAACAGAGCAACAUCUUCCUCCUCUUCUUCAGUCUCUGACAGAGUAGCAGUGUAUGUGGACGUUCCUGCUGGAACUCUGUCCUUCUACAGCGUCUCCUCUGACAGACUGAUCCACAUGCACACCUUCAACACCACAUUCACUGAACCUCUCUAUGCCGCGUUUGGGUUCUGGCCCGGUUCUGGUUCUUCAGUGUCUCUGUGUUGAGUUCAGUCUCAACAGUCAGAGAAACUGUCUCUGUUGGACAGAUUGUUGAGUCUGUACAUGUCAUCCAUCCAUCCAUCCAUCCAUGCAUCCAUCCAUCCAUCCAUCCAUCCAUCUUCUGAUCCAGGUCCAGGUUGUGGGGUAGCAGCCCCAUCAGAUUGGUCCAGACCUCCCCAUCCCUGGUCUCAGACCAACAGAUAAAAACUCUCAGUGAGUCCUGGUUCUACCGCGGGUCCUCGUCCCGAUUGGAUAUGCCUAAAACACCUCUCAAUGGAGAUGUCCAUCGGACAUCGUCAGCAGUUGUCCCAACCAUCUCUUUUCCUCUAGAGCUGGACGACCAGUGACCCUACUCUGAGUCUCCCCUCGAUGAUUAAACUUCUAUUGUUUAAUCUAAUUUCUUGACUGAGCAAAUUUCACCCCACAUCUCCCAAAAUACAAGCAGCAUUUAAAAUCUGUCCCCAGAGGGACAAACCCUCUGGACCACUGCUGCACAGUCAUGAAAGACGUUUCUUGCUCUGUCCCCCGUGCAGCUUCAGGACUCCGAGUUAUUUCCUGCUAUAUAAGUAAAGUUGAAACUGAAAGUCAUUUCAGAUCAGUAACUGCUGAUAGAGACUCUGUUUUCGUCCCUAAACUGUCUUCAUUGGACAUAUUACUGUUGCUGUCUUUUUUCCCUGAGUAGAAAAUGUCUGAUUUGCUGCAGUUCUCCAGUUGUAUUUGUCCAUUAAGGUGGAUCGUAGUAACCCACUGAAACCCUGAAAGGACUGUCUCAGGGACUUUAAAACCUGGAUGAAGAUGAACUUUCUUAACCUUCAGAACCAUCAUCCUUUGUGACGUCACUCAUGGCAUCACCUGUUUCUGAUUAUGUGGUAUAGGGUUCUCUUUUAUGGUAUUUUAUGUAUUUUAUUUUAAAGUUUAAACAUGUUGUGCCUCGUUGGCUCAGUCAUAUGAUUCUCACAGUGUGAGCAGUUCCAGGUUCAGUUCCCAGAGGAGCCCACUGCUGGAUGUAACUUGUGGUUGUUUCCUAGAAGUAGCAAAGCUCCAGGACAGUAGAGUACUGAAACCAGGAGUCUAUCUGAAGGCGGUUGAGUUUCCAACUCGCAUCUAUCAUGUGAUGUUUCACAUCAGACAGAUAACUGCUGUAAACGCCCAUCCUGACAGUCUCAACAGACAAAACUCAAUUCAAAUGUGUCUGAAUCUGAAUGGAUUGGUCGCUCAGAUGACAUGUCAAGUACUUGUUUGUGUCUCACCUCCCCGAAUGCUGGAAGUGGGGGUUUCUGAGGGUAGAUGGUGAUCUUAGUUAGAUUAAGAUCUAUGAAGAGAUUAUUCUUGUCUUAAUUUCUUCAGAGUUGUGACACAAAGAGGACCAAGUCAGUUAGCUGGCUUUCAUUUUUUACCGUUUAUACUCUGAAGACAAAACAAGGCGUUAAAGAACAAAAUCACACGUAAUUGAUAAUCAGACAGGAGCACAAAGACAUACGCGAUAGAGGGAGAGAUAGACCACACCUCUUCCCUGACCAGGAACCGAGACACCAAGUUCACAUGCAACGCUCUCUUGAAGUGAUUUCAGCUCACUGCUCAAAGUUCAGGGACUUGCAGAGAAUGUUAAGAGAGUGAUGUUCAGUCACUGUUUAUCUACAAUCCAGGUUCCUGUUAACAAUUAUAAGAAUAAUAGAUCUUCACUUUCCUGAAUGCGAUUUAUAACAUUUUUCUUUGUGAUGUCAUCAGUGACAUCACAAGGCUGACAAGAGCGCCCUUUAUGUUUACAUCAAAAUAAAAGUGCUGAUUUCUUGGUGUUAUUUGGGGUCAUGUGGCAGUGUUGUUAUAUAAACUCAUUCAGAUGCAUUUCUGUUUUAAAUAACCCCCAUUGAACAACUUCCAGUGAGCAGUGUUAGUGAAUAAAGUGCCUUGUUGGGUUUAGAAGAACGUUUCACUGCAGCUCUAAGCGCAGGUCGCACAGAGCACUCAGGUACUCUGUGUUGUUUUCAUCACAGUCCAGAGCAUUCUCAUAAAGAUCCUGGGCCUUCUUCUUGUGGCUUUCCGCUUUUGGCCACCUGAGCCAACAGACCGUACGCCUGGCCGUCUUCCUCAUCCUCGUUGAGACGGUGCUCUGUAAUCUGCUUCAGCUUCUGCAGAAAGAAAAAAAACAGAAACAUCUGCUCAGGGAACAACAAAGGAACCUUAGCAACUCUUAGCACAGCAGCUCCCCCUACAGGCCUGGAGGAUUCAUUUUACAACACCGCCUGAGAUGUCCUCCUGUUCACUCAAACACAGACGGUAAAAACCAUCGUGGUACAACAUCCCCUGAGAGUUGUCAUGGACGUGAAAUCAAACAAUUGAGACCAAAAACAUUUUUUUGUAAAUAGUAAAUAGUAAAUAUUAUGUUUAUUUCUACUCGUGAAGGUCGACCUGAGAUUUGUUUAUCUUGUCAGCACUGAGUGUUGCUUCAGCAGAAGUCCAUGUAAAACCUUCACUUCCUGUUAAUGUUUCUCCAACUAGAACUUGAGUCGUGACUCAGACGUAGAUUCCACAUCUGUAGUGAUAUCUGGGAAUGCUGGAACUCACCUUAGUGCCCUGUUUCCACUCCCACGUGUUUGGUGUUAUCUGGACAACCUGAGGAGGAGACAAAGCUGCAGUCAGAUGAACACUAUCUUCACAAGAAUAUCUCUCAUGCUGUGUGACAGCUUCACUUUCUCCUGGAGGUUGGCUGGAACACGCCCACCUGAGCUCAGUCACCACAACGAGCUGCUUUAGUUUGGAUAACCACAAUGCUAACUAACAUUAUUGCAUUAUUUCUAAUCAAACGUGCUGUUGUCUGUCAGUAGCGCCGACCUCUGAUUGGUCAGAUAAAGGAUUGAGACUGUUAGAAUAAUUGAACAUAAGUAAUCUCAUAUUUACUCAAAUUGCCUUUACAUAUAAACUAAGCUUGUUUGGUGUGUGUACAACUUAAUUGCGCAGAGUUUGUUCUGCAGAGAGGAGAAGUCAGAUAGUGUGACUACGGAUUAAGUCAUCAAAGAACUAUCUGUGCAAAGCAAGAACUGCUCCCUCGGUUGAAGAUAUACCGUGAUGUUUCAAGGUCUAUGACGAGCAACAUAUAUCAAGUUGAAGAUAAGGAGUUGUGUAAACGUGAAGAGUUGCAGCUGUGUGUUCCCUCUCCCUUAGAGCUGCAACUCAUAUUGUAACUAGGGACCACACCAAGGGAAAUAAAAAGAAAGGGGUCAGCAGAGUGCGCUUCAGGGCGGUAGGAGAUUGUAACUGAACAUAGCAUCUCUGUCCGUUCUCCU